GGUAAUAGUUGUAGGCGUAGAAAGAGGGAAGGACAGAUCGACGCAGUCAAAAAAGAAGGGUAAAAAAAAAGUGAACGGUAGCCAAUACAGCAAGAAAAGGUAAAAGACAGAAGAAUUGAUUCAGUGGUUGGGGAAAACGAAAAGGAAGCUGCCGUACAGUCAGAUAACACAAACAUACAGUGCAAAUUGAAUGAGUGAAAGAAAAGAGAGAAAAAUAAAUAAAGAUAGGAGAGAGAGAGGGAGAGAGAAAGGGCAAAAGUUUAGCCCAAAAUAUGGAGAAGAGAAGAAGAUUUCUUCAACAGCAAUGCGAAGGAGUAGUCCUCUUCUUAAUUUUCUCGCACCAACUACAAUGCAUCAUCACCAAUACCAAUGAAUGGAAUCCUUCUCCUCUCCCCCUUUUUUAUUUUUUCUUGUUUUCUUUCCUUACCAAAAACAACAAUAACAACUACAGCUCCACCACCACCAUCCACUUUCAUUAUUAUGGCAAUUAUUAUUCUUAUUCCCGUUUCCUUUCCUUCUCACUUCUCUCUCUCUCUUUCAUUAUUAUUGUUGCCUUGCACCACCAUCCCCUUCUGCCCAUUUCCCUUCAACCAACACCAAAAAUUUAACUAAGCAAUCCAACAAUUCUUUUCAAAGAUACUAUUUUUUUUUUCUCAAUCGGAGCUGAUUUUUGGAAAAUGUUAGGAGGAGGAGGAGGAGGAAGUAAUGGAAAUACGAUGUUCCCUGGUUUUGUGGAGGAAAAUCGUGUCCAAUACAAUAACAAUGCGUUGCCCCAACUACAGCUAUUUGCAAAUGUUCCAAUUCAGUGUGGUGCUGGUGUUGGGACCAUAAAUCAUGUCGGGAACAGGCACGCGCCCACUGAUAACCGCCCUAUCAACAGAGGUGGUGAUGGAGACAUGCAGCAGAAGCUUCACAUAUCUUUGAACAACAACUUUUGUCAGGACGAAGCUGGCCGUGUUGGAACCGUUUUGAACCCCAUUCCCGUAUCAACGGGGCUCAAACUGUCAUACGAGGAAGAAGAGCGCAACUCCUCUGUUACUUCUGCCUGUGAGAACAUGAAAACCAAUGUCCCUGUUAUGCUUUCCCUUGGCAACACCGUCAAAAUGGAGAUAGAUCGACAGACAGAAGAAUUUAGCCGGUAUAUUAAACUUCAGGAAGAGAAUGUCUUGAAGGGAGUUCGAGAGAUAAACCAAAGGCACUCGGUUUCUCUGUUAAACGCCCUUGAAAAAGGAGUAAACAGGAAAUUGCAAGAGAAGGAGCUCGAGAUUGAGAACAUGAACCGGAAGAACAAGGAGCUAGGCGACAGGAUAAAGCAGGUCGCCAUGGAAGCGCAGUCGUGGCACUACAGAGCCAAAUACAACGAGUCAGUUGUGAACGUGCUCAAGAGCAACAUUCAGCAGCUGAUGGAACAAGGCACGGCCCAAGCCCGUGAGGGGUCCGGGGAUAGUGAGGUGGACGAUGCGGUAUCAAGCUCAAAUCAUCAGAGAAUAAUUCUAAACGACUCGGGGAGUAAAAGACCCCUAGACCACCCUCCAAGAUGCAGAGCUUGCAACACCAAACAAGUGUCUGUGUUGAUUCUGCCUUGCCGGCAUCUAUGCCUGUGUACAGAUUGUGAAGGAUUCAUCGACAUCUGCCCCGUGUGCCAGGUAAUGAAGACUGCUAGUGUUCAUGUAUACAUGUAGCAAAGAAAUGUAUCAGAGCACUUGCAAUCAUCACGCACAUCUGUUGAUGAAGCUGUACAAACAUGUUUCUUUCAAGAAUUGCUUAUAAAUUACUCAUGUUUUUUACUUCCCACGAGAAAAGAAAUGGAAUUGUGACCAUUUGAUUUGUACA